AACAGGAUAUGUAUUCCUCUGAGAAACACUGGACAGUAGAUUUUGCUUUAAUACUGGAUUGGGACAACACACAGAGACUUUUCCAGUCAUGAGAUAAAGCACUGGCAACUUUACUUCCCACCCUGCUGGUAACCAACAAAAAUGCCAAGAAUAGGGCCUGUGAGAUGAUGCCUCAGUUGGGGAAGGUGCUUGCUACCAAGCCUGAUGGUCCACGUUCAAUCCCAGGACUUUCAUGGUAGAAGAUACGGACCAGGAUGUAGCACUCAAACUUGCUCAGGAACGAGCUGAAAUAGUUGCUAAAUAUGACAGAGGACGAGAAGGUGCAGAAAUUGAGCCUUGGGAAGACGCUGAUUAUCUUGUUUACAAAGUCACUGAUAGAUUUGGCUUUUUACAUGAGGAAGAGCUCCCAUAUCACAAUGCAACUGCUGACCGGCAAAAGCAACUGGAAAUUGAAAGAACUACCAAAUGGCUGAAAAUGCUGAAAGGAUGGGAAAAAUACAAGAACACUGAGAAGUUUCAUAGACGAAUUUACAAAGGAAUUCCACUCCAGCUCCGAGGUGAAGUCUGGGCUCUUCUUCUUGAGAUCCCUAAAAUGAAAGAAGAAACAAGAGAUCUUUAUAGUAAAUUAAAACACAGAGCACGGGCUUGUUCACCUGAUAUCAGACAAAUAGACCUUGACGUGAACCGCACAUUUAGGAACCAUAUUAUGUUUAGAGACAGAUACGGUGUUAAGCAACAAUCCUUAUUCCAUGUUCUUGCGGCAUAUUCUGUCUAUAAUACGGAAGUCGGGUACUGUCAAGGGAUGAGCCAGAUAACAGCCCUACUCCUCAUGUACAUGAACGAGGAAGACGCCUUCUGGGCCUUGGUCAAACUCUUCUCAGGCCCCAAACAUGCUAUGCAUGGCUUUUUUGUCCAAGGUUUUCCUAAACUCUUGAGAUUUCAAGAACAUCAUGAAAAAAUUCUGAAUAAAUUUCUGUCCAAACUUAAGCAACACUUGGAUUCUCACGAAAUCUACACAAGUUUUUAUACAAUGAAAUGGUUUUUUCAGUGUUUUCUUGAUCGAACUCCCUUCACACUGACCCUCAGGAUAUGGGACAUCUAUAUCUUUGAAGGAGAACGAGUUCUUACAGCUAUGUCUUACACGAUCUUGAAAUUACACAGAAAACAUCUAAUGAAAUUGUCUAUGGAAGAACUUGUAGAAUUUCUUCAGGAGACUCUGGCCAAGGACUUUUUCUUCGAGGAUGAUUUUGUAAUAGAGCAACUUCAGGUUUCUAUGUCAGAACUAAAACGGGCAAAAUUAGAUCUCCCAGAACCUGGUAAGGAGGAUGAAUAUCCAAAGAAACCCUUGGGGCAGCUUCCUCCUGAGUCUAAUUCUGCUUGUAUUAAUCAGUUGAGUAAUGGACAAAGAAGUGUUGGCAGGCCCAGUCCCCAAAGCAACAGAAGAGAAAGUGGAUCACCUCACAAGAAACAUGAGCAUUCCCCUGCCCAUCACAGCAGAACUGGUACCCCAGAAAGAGUCAGGCAACCAAGACGGAAGUCAGGGGAUGAGGAUAGUAAAAAUCUGAAGCACGAGGCAGAUUUUCAGAGAAAACCUACAUCGGGUCCACAGGACAGUUCCAGGCACUACAACCAUGCAGCUGCUAACCAAAAUAGCAAUGCAAUUUCAAACAUCAGAAAGGAAUUUAUGCCCAAAUGGAAAAAACCGUCAGAUGCCUCAGCAUUUGAAAGAACUGCUAAAUAUGCCUUUGAAGGCAAAAGUCACUCAGUGUAUCCCACUCCUACAGUUGCCAUCCCAAGUUCUGCUGAGACCCGAAUGUCAAACUCAAGGCAAAAGAUGAAGGUUUUUGAUGGCAGUGAUGGGAAGCGGGGCUCUAAUGCUUCACAGUAUGACAAUGUGCCUGGAAGUGAAAAUGAAAACGGAGUGUCUGUGGAAGAGGCACCAGAGCGGACUCACCCUCACAGUCCAAGAAAGCAUGCUGAGCCAAGUUCCAGUCCAUCAAAAGUACCCAGCAAGUUCACUUUUAAAGGGCAGCCUCCCAGCCAUGUAAGAUACCCAUCCCAGUUAGAAGGAGAGGAUCACAGGGCUGCGUAUCCACCCUCCUACAGCAACCCCCCUGUUUACCAUGGAAAUUCUCCAAAACACCUCCCUGUUGCCCACAGUGGCUUUGUGUCCCCACAGAUCAGCCCUGGGACUCAAAUUAAUCUUUCCAGGAGACCAUAUGGUUCUUCUCUUUCAGUUGAUAUUUCUCCAGAGAAAUCUUAUAGCCGCCCAACUCCUGUUGUUCUGCCAUCUAGUCGAAUUGAAGUUCUUCCCAUUGACAUUGGUGCUGGGGGAUAUGCAGGCAGUUCAGGGUCACCAAAGAAUGGAAAGUUCAUCCUUCCUCCAGUGGAUUAUUUACCAGAGAGCAGAAAAUGGUCAGAAGUUAGUUAUUCAUACAGACCUGAGAUGCACGGACAAUCAUGGACUCGAGAUGCUAGCCGGAGCCACUUCAGCAAUUUACCAAAAUACGCAGCCUUUCAACACCUACCUUUUCAGGACCAUGGUCUUCCAGAAGUGUCUGUAGACAGUCCAGUGAGGUAUAAAACUUCACCAGCUGUGGAAGAUGCCAGUCCUCCUGGGUAUCAAUAUACAGGUCCCUCACCUCCAGCACAUCACUACAGAAACAGAGAGGGACUUUCUAUUCAAGAAUCAGUGUUGCUGUGAGAGUUUGGCUGUAUUCACUGCAGACAAAAGAAUAGAAACCAUACGAUAACCACAUUGCUAUGUUUAUAAUUGCCAAAGCAGUAUUUUAUACUAUUGUAAAACAACUCGUGCAGUUCCAGUGUGUGUCCGUAAAAGAAUGUGUGGAAAUGCUUCAUCCCCAUGUAGAUGCUGCUAAAGAUGAGUGUUCCAGUUGCAUCGUCGCCGAAACUUGAGUAGGAGAAUAACCUGGAGACCUAGCAAUAGCAUUUAGGGAUGCACACACAGUGAGGUUCUUUAUGUUGUUUCAUUUGUAUCUUUCCUUCAGACUUGGAUGUUUUCACUCUGAGAUACAUUCUGUUCUGGCUUCUGUUAGAAAGCACCAAGACACCAUAGAGACAGAUGUUCUGAAGGCUGUCCCUCAUUUUUUAAUAGACAUGACAAGCACCCGUGCAUACAGAUUUUGAUCACAGAAUUUAGAAAUGCUUUUGAAAACUACCUUUAAUCUAGAUCAUGAAAUAACUAUGUUUUCCCCACCUUAUCUUUCUGCCCUCUCUGCCCUUGUUAUACUUUAGGGUUCUAAACUGAAAGUGACUUAAAAAAUUUGUCCUGACUUUAUGAAUCCUACAUCUCACAGAAUGUCAUUCUCCUUCAGUUACUGCUAUUUUAUUUCUACCUUAAAAUUAAAGACACUGGGGAGAAAGGCUAACCACUUAAUGGUGCUUAAAAUAUGGAUCAGUUAGCUUGAGUGUGUGGCUGUGACACUGUACUUACUGUGUCCUCUUAACCUUCAGCUGUCUCAGUGCCCUGUUCCCUUGGCUCUGGUCUGGCCCUUGCACCAGGUGCAAGGGACUGGCCAUAGAAGGAGUCGGAAGUCACAGACCUUGUAGUACUCUGGGCAGUGGAAGGUUGCUUUUCAAGUUCAUUUUAAAGCAGCAUUAACCAUAAUGCUACUCCGCUCUCAGCUUCAGUUUCACAGGGCCCCAGGGGAACCAUUCCCAUGGCCUUUUUCUGGCACUCAGCCUUUACUGAGUAUUGUGGAUGGAUAUUGAUUGCUAUACUUACUGGGCCAUUACAUUAUCCUCGUCAAAAUUGUGAAAAAUACCCUAAUUAUUAAUAAGCAUCUAGAAUUUUGAUCUUUAUAAAAAAUACAUAAUGUUUCAUAGUUUUUGAGAAAUUUUUCAAUGAAAAAAUAAUUGAGGUUCAUGGUUAAAAAAAAUUAAAAUAUGCUAUCAUACACUACUGUUACCAAGACACUAAUGAAAUGCUGGGUUCUCCAAGAGAGGGUGCCUCUGUCUAUGUGGAUGCCCAUCGCAUCGUUAUCUUCUUGUAUCUGAAUAUCAGAAAGUAGAAAGUCCAACAGUGAUGGUCCCCCUCCUGCACGUUGGGGAUUUAAGCAUUUAAGGUACAAGAAUAUAUCUUAAGAUUAAAGUAACAUUUGUUUAGUUAGCGAACGUGACAAUAUUUUUUAUGUAUAUAAUGAUUCUAAUGUAAUUUAAUCAACGUGGUAAUGAUGUUAUUAAGUGUGGAAACAAAUGCAGUAUAUUAAAGGUGAACACCACACUGAAACGCCAACUCCUGAAAACAUAACCAGGCUCUUGAUUUAGAUCAUGUUGAAGGUGAGAAAUAAAUGUAUGUAGAAAUGUAGUUGAGGAUAUUAAUUACAGUUCUUAAAGUAUGACUCUGUGACUUAUAAGGACCAAGCUGUACAAUUUAGUUUGUGAUGGCAGUAUCUGUGCCUCUCCAGAAAGUAUAUAUCAUAGUGGUAUAAAUAAUGUAGAUUAUAUAUAUAUAUAUGCAAUAUAUAUAUACACACACUAUUUUCUUAUGUCAUUUAUGGCAUUUUUAUCUGUAUACUUUUUGAUGUGAUUGUUUUUAACAUGCUAAAAGUAACACACAUAUUUUGUUCUGUGUCUUCUAUGUGCAGUUUUCACGUGGCAGGGGCUUUGUCCUGGUGCUUACAGGGACAAGCAGAUGUCUUCUGUUGCGUUUCACAUUUGCUGCAGUUCUCUGCUCUCUGCGCCAGUGAGACCAAUGUUUAGAACCACAGCACCUCUCCUUGGUUUAAGUAUUACUAAUGGCAAUAAGAUCUUCCCCACUAGAAAAUGUGUCUCUGUUGUCUUUUAAGUAGGAAAUUUUAAUUUAAAAUUAUUUUGCCAUUAUAAAUUUUAUUUUAAAUUUAUUUCUAAAUAAAAGAAAUGAUAAGAGAAAUAAUAUUGGCAAAGUGAUUCAAAAUGUAUGUAUAGAAUACACUUGCUGAGGACAUUCCAGGCAGAGCAGCCACUUCUGUAACUGUGUGCCAGUAAGGUAUGUGCCACGGUGAAGUCUUCCUUCAUGUUUUCCUUGCCCAGCAAGAUGAGCGAGCAUUGGUUCCCCAAGAAUGAGUUCUGCUGAUCUUUAGACUUAACUAGUGAGCUUCAGGUUUUGCUUUUACUUCUGUUUUUUUCCUGCUCCUCUCACCCCAGACCACUUAAUUCCUAUCUUGGAUAGAACCCAGGUAUCAGAUAACUGUAUUUCCCUGUGUCUUAAUGCCUUUAUCUUGAAACUCUCUUUAAGAAAAAUGUCCACCAACCAUGUUGUCUUAUGUUCCCAUUGUGGGAUAUUAUGGUUCGUUGUUAUUUUUGUCUUUGAAGACGGUCUUGCUAUGCAUUCUGCUUGACCUGAAACUUCUUUGUAUACCAGGCUAACCCUGAAAUGGAGGUCGUCUUCCUGCAUUAGCCUCCAAAGUGAUGAGGUCACAGGCCAUGUGCCUCCAUCUUAUUCAGCACAGGGCUUUGGCUGUGUGGGUGUUGUUGGAGUGGUGGGGAUUGAAUACGUGGUCUCAAAUGCAAACCCUGCUGGUGAACCUGCUUUGAAAUGCUGUGAGGUCAGGAGUUUCAGUUUAAAAAGUGAUGCUAGGAAAAAGUCCCCUGGCAACAACAGCAUUAUCCGUAGUCUGUGAAUUUUGUGAACUUUUCUAGUCACAGCUGAAUAGCUUCAAGGAAAGAGGUGGGACCCUCUCCCUUCCUUCCUGACUGCUUACCCCACUCCUUCACAGUAGAGCCUGAAGACUGCCAUUUUCCUUCAGGGUCCUACUUUUCAAAGCCUCUGCUAUUUAAAGAUCUAAGCCACGAGAAAACCCUGCUCUAGCUUCAUUUGACCAGUCAACACUGGAGCAGUUAGAACUCAGGGACUGUGUUUUCAAACUUGAGAACAUGAAAGGAUUCUUUUCAGUGCACACAUUAUCCUGAAUACUUGCCACCUUUACAGUCUUACUAAAUCUUCUAAUGUGUGAGCAUGCAUUGUCUGUCUGUUUUCAGCUGUAAUUUCAGUGUUUUCUGGGUUUGAUGUGGUGUUUUUUGUUUUUUUUUUUUUUUCUAGAACUUCUUUUCUAGAACUGUUGCUGUUUUAUUCUGUGUCAUCGAGUUAUUUUCUUCAGACCCUGUUCCCUGAAACCUGCUCUACCACUGAAGGAGAGGAAGGGUCAGGGCUAGGGUGUUGGGGGAGUUGGAGAUUUGGGGCCCUCAUCCCAUCAAAAGAAUUAUUGAGUCCAUUUCAGUUUAGUGACAGCAACUUGUGUUGUGACAUGUGGGAUUUGAGGAUGGGGGUUGAUAUUUGCCAUCAUCUGGUAGACAUGAGGUUAUUCCAGAGAGAAUUGGAACUUUGCCAGCAUGAGAGAACAAAAGUCACCAGAGAGUGCAUGCCCUGGAGAAGAUGGUAGAGCAAAGCAGUCACCCACUUAGCAGAGUUACCUGUAAGAAAUGGCCACAGUGUUCUGUGCAUCUGUCAGUCGGGCUGUGUGGGCUGGAGGCUGUUAGAUCUGCAUGGUAGGCUGAGUUUCCUCUUCAGUGGUUGUGUGACAUUGGGAAAGUCCCAUUCCCUUUCCUGUCCUCACUGUCUUCAGCUGUACCAUAUGGAUAUUUGAGAGGUAUGGGUGGAAGAGAAAAGAGCCAUGAUUUGAUUAUUUGUGUGUGACUGGAGUUAAUAGUGAUAGUGGUUUGAGUUUCCUGUCUGUGCCAGCUGCUAUGCUAAGUCCUGGUAGAAACUGUGAUGGUGCAGUCAGUCCCUUUAUGGGGCUUCCAUUCUAACCUACUUCUUCACCCAUAAACUGAAAGGGUUUUGUUUUCCUAUUUCCUAGCAUUGAGUCGAUUGGUCUAAAGUGCUUGGUGCAGUGUCACAAACGAAUACCAUGUUGUUAUCUGUGAUUACAUGCCAACAUACCACUAAACUUUAGUGGUCAGGAGGGAUUUGACCUUGCUUCCAUGGGGUUGAGAAUCUAGUGAGAACCCCAGAGGUAAAGGCUGUCAACUUGCAUGUGCUAUAAGAGGAAAAACAUGGUUGACACUUGAGAUGGUGUCAGCCUCUCACCAAUGGUGGUGGUAUAAAAUGCAUCAGAUAUGUAUGCCCUUUGAUGCUGGGCUGAAAAGUCUGUUUGAAUUUGACCAGGAGGAGUGCUUGCUGGCCUGCUGUCUUCCUAGAGCCACCAUCAGAUCACAGCAUUGGCAAGCACAAACAGGAGGUGGCAAGCCUCUUAAAAGGUUUGGAUGAGAUGGGAUGGACAGUUACUGAAAUGAAGGAUGAGGUAAGCCAGGAACAGAGGAGGAAUGUGGUGGAAGACAAUGGAGAGAUUGCCUGCAGCAUGCUCAAGGAUCUUUCUCUAUGGGUUGCCCCUUGCUUCUGGUCCAGUUCCUUCUUGUACUCAGAAGUAUUAAACACUGAUAAUUAA